GGGCACAGGAAGCGGAAAGCGGCGGCGACUGCGGCCGCCGCCGGGGGAAGGCGGCGGGUCGUUGCCGGCUGAGCGACAUGGGGCGGCGGCGGCGGGAGGCAGUGGUGUUGUUUGCUCUCUGAGAACUCUGUUGACACAACUGAGAGUGGUGAGCUGUGGUGCGGAGGUGGGAGCUACUUACACCGUCUUUGCUGUCAAAGCCCAGGUACAGUGCAGCUGUACCCUGAAGCCAAAGGAGCUUUGUUUCACACGGGGCCAGGUGCUGUGCAAACAGACCGUGCCUUCUGCAGGAGGUGCAGUGAUCUCUUGUGAAGCUGUCUGAGUUAACUGGAUUGGGCUACCCAUUCACACUUGUUUCUGGAGGGAUGAGGCCCCAACUGGUGGGGGCCCCCUCAUCUCCUCGCCAGCAAUCACAGAAGCUUUCCUGGGAUAAGGCUAGCCCCAUUCCUGCCAUGGCGUAGACUGAGAGGUAGGUGCCCUGCUUGGUUUGACUGCAGAGUGUACCUGGAUCAAUUCUCUCUGCAGACUGUGCACCUUCCACCUUGGAUUCUUUGCUUCAUCCUACCUGGACUGGGCUUGCAAUCUAGGCUAUCUUGAGAUGGACAGAUCUAGGAAGCCUUCCUGAAGGUCAGCCUCAAUAGGGCACCAGACAAAGCCAGGCGCCUUCUGCGUUUUCCAGCUGAGGUUGGGCAAGUGUGUUUUAUUCCCAGUUGCCUUGGUGGGAAGAACUGUUCAGCCCCGAGUGCAUCUUGCAGCUGGGGCUGGGAGGUGGUGCGGAGUUCCUGAGUUCAUCACGUUGCUUUUGACUGCACUCCAGGAGGCUUAACGUUUUUUGGUGGCCUGGUUGUUGACUUUUCACAGAGCUAUGUCAAAACCGUUGGUCUUGUUUACACAGAAAAUGAAAGUUGGCAUGAUCCAGCCUGCCUCAAUGCUCCCAUGUUAGCCUUACUGUGAGGCUGCUUCCUGUGCCCAGUGCUGCCUUGUUUCCCCCACUGGCAAACUGGAACUGCAUGUUUGUGGUUCCUGUCUAGGAAGCCUGGGCAUUUUUCACAGCAGUUUCUAUCUGCUGAAAUACUCUCUGACAUCUCCAGCUCUGAGUUUUCUGUCUGAGAGUUGGGGGGGAAAAAAGAUGAAGUAAUUGGAGGAAAAGGCUGCGAGUUGAAGCCUCCUUCGCGGGUUCCUCUAUGGCUUUGCUCUGUUUGUGAAGAUGGUUGCUCCCUCUCUAGUAAUGCCACAGUGAGUGGAUUAAUCCCAUAAUACUUGUUAACACCUCUUGUAUUUGUGAGGGUAUUCCCGAUUUGCCGCGCCUAGUGCUUACAAGGUCCUUUAGUGCUCAGCUCUGUUGGUCUGAUAGUGCUUUUUGGAGCAUGAAGGAAGGGAUCUGUCUGAGGUGGCUUAGCUAAAAACCAGCUUUUCUGAGUCCCGGCCUGUCGCUGGAGCCGUAAGUUCCAGGCUGUGUGCAAAUCUGGGGAGUUAAUGCGUUGCAUCAUGUCUCCCUGGCUGGGGGAUUUUAGUUCCUGUUACAGUCAUGAUGCUGUAUUUCAAACUGUGCCGUGCCUUGGCUUUGUUUUUUGCUGUGCCUGUACAGUCUAAAUUCAUCAUCAUUCCCCCCUUCCAAAACCAGGCCUUAUGUUUCCAUUCUUGUUCGUCUUUCAUAAAUUCUCUGCUUCCUUUGAGGAACUUUCUGAGGCACGAUGUUCCCUUACAGCCUAGGAAUUCAUGUGUACAGAGAUUCCCCAACACCACAUCUUUCCUAAGAGCCCUGGUGAGCCCAGGCUUCGGGUAAAUGCCUGCAGCUCCACAUCAUGCUGUGGGCCAAGGAAGCCUGUGGAGGCCAGACUUGGUUCUCAGGCAGGGUUUGUGCGUUACAGAGGGCUCUCUGCUUGCUCAUGAGCUUUUCUGGAGGUGUUGGUGGAGGAAUUCUGUGGCUGGAAAGGGGAGCCGGCCUAGUGUCAGGCUUGCUUUCUAUUGCUGUUCCUCUCUGGGAAGGUAGAAGAUGGAAAGCAGUUGUUGACUCUUUUAUUGCUAACAGCUUUAAAAAGCGUUGUGAGCAGAGAGAAACGGAGGGGUUUCAUUUUAUUUAAAGCAGUCUUUUGCCUGCUCAGACUUCCACGUGCCUAUAGCCCUCUGUCCCGCUGGUGUUGGCACAGGGCAGCGAUCUGACAUGGGAGGGUGCCGCUCCAUGCCAAACCCUGCACUGUGCCACUGUGCUUAAUGCCCCCUGGCUGGUCCCUAAUUCCUGUUUUCUGCCUUAACAAACACAGAAUACAGAGUUGGGAAGUAGUUGGUUGUCUGCCUUUUUUUUUUUUCCCCACAGGGUUCCAAGUUCUUGGCACGUAACUACAAGAGGCUGUUCUGUUGUCACCGUGUUCCCAUCCCAAAACAGACAGCUCGCUUCUGCCCUUUGCAGAUAGGACUUAAGCUUCUGUUCCAAAUGGAGAUGCGCCACAAGAAAUGUUGGCCCACAUAAGCCAGUUACGAUCUCUAAUCAACUCUCCCUGGUGCGAUUAGCCGAUCGUGAGGAGCAGAGCUCCAUCCCCCCCCUCCUGCCUCUGGAAGGACUCCAUGCAAGUGAAGUGCACUUGCUCCCCAAGGACCAGGCCUCACUAAUGACUGGGAAGCAAAGAGUACUCAGGAAAGCACUUUUAACACGGACUCCACCUCAGGAGCACCAGGAACCCGUCUUCUAAACAAAAUCCUCGUGGACCCCGUGUCUGCUGCAAUGGAUACAGAAUCGACGUAUUCGGGAUACUCCCACUACUCAGGUCACUCCAAAAAAGCCCACAGACAAGGGAGUCGGGACAGGCACAAAUCACCACGAAGCAAAGAUGGCAGUCGGUCCGAGAAGUCCGUCACUAUCCAGACACCUCCUGCAGAACCGCUGCUCGGGAAUGACGCCUCUCGAACAGAGGAGGGCCAGGAUGACAACUGGGGUGAGACCACAACAGCAAUCACAGGUACCUCUGAGCACAGCAUUUCCCAGGAGGACAUAGCCAGGAUCAGUAAGGAUCUGGAGGACAGCGUUGGGUUGGACUGCAAACGUUACCUGGGUUUAACAGUGGCAGCUGUUCUCGGACUCCUCGUCUUCCUUACCCCCAUCGCCUUCAUUCUGUUGCCCCAGAUCCUGUGGCGGGAUGAUCUGGAGCCGUGUGGUACUGUCUGUGAGGGACUGUUCAUCUCUGUGGCAUUUAAACUCCUCAUUCUUCUGAUUGGGACCUGGGCUCUGUUUUUCCGCCAGCCCAAGGCAGACAUACCAAGGGUGUUUGUGUUCCGGGCCCUCUUGUUGGUCCUCAUCUUCCUGUUUGUGUUUUCCUACUGGCUUUUUUAUGGCGUUCGCAUCUUGGACUCCAAGGACACCAACUACCAAGGAAUAGUGCAGUAUGCAGUGUCUCUGGUGGAUGCGCUGCUCUUCAUUCACUACCUGGCCAUCGUCCUGCUAGAACUACGGCAGCUGCAGCCCAUGUUUACUGUCAAGGUUGUUCGUUCAACAGAUGGAGAAUCACGAUACUACAGCUUGGGGCACUUGAGCAUCCAGCGAGCUGCACUGGUGGUUCUGGAAAAUUACUACAGAGAUUUCCCCGUCUACAACCCAGCACUGUUAACAGCCUCCAAAUCCCGUGCUGCCAAACACAUGGCUGGCCUGAAAGUCUACAAUGUUGAUGCUGUCCUUGCUGUCAAACUGAAAGCCCAUAUCAUGGAUGGCCCAGGGAACAACGCCUCGGGGCAGUCCCGUGCCAUGAUCGCAGCCGCAGCCCGGCGCAGGGACUCCAGCCACAACGAGCUCUACUACGAAGAGGCCGACCACGAGCGCCGAGUUAAAAAGCGCCGUGCAAGGCUUGUGGUUGCAGUAGAGGAGGCUUUCACUCAUAUCAAACGCCUUCAGACAGAGGAGCAGCAAAAAGCUCCAGGAGAGAUGAUGGACUCUCGAGAAGCAGCCCAGGCAAUCUUCCCGUCCAUGGCAAGAGCUCUGCAGAAGUACCUUCGCACCACCCGCCAGCAGCAGUACCACAGCAUGGAGAGCAUCCUGCAACACUUGUCCUUCUGCAUCACCAAUAACAUGACACCAAAGGCAUUCCUGGAGCGUUACCUCAGCCCCGGCCCAACCCUCCAGUACGACAGGGAUCGCUGGUUCUCCAAGCAGUGGACACUCGUUAGCGAGGAAGCAGUCACAAGCGGGUUGCAAGACGGAAUUGUUUUUGUCCUCAAGUGCUUGGACUUCAGCCUUGUUGCUAAUGUGAAGAAAAUUCCCUUCAUCAAACUCUCUGAAGAGUUCAUAGACCCUAAAUCUCAUAAAUUUGUCCUUCGCUUACAGUCCGAGACUUCAGUCUAAGGGAUUCUGAGGGUGGGUUGUUUAGAAAUGUUUUGGUUUUUUUUUUUUUUUUCACUAUUGUGCUUUUGGGUUUUAUUUCCCCAAUGCUGACUGAAACUGGCAGAUGAUGGACCAGUAAUAUUUGACCAUCUGCACUUUAUUUGGAAAGGGGUGGAGGGAGCUGGGAUAUCUUAUCUAGAAAGGAAUAUCUUAAGAGGCGACAGGGUGACUUGGCUUGGUUAGCUCAGCCUUGGAGACAGAACAGAUUUUUUUUUUCCCCCUUUCCAGGCGUAUUGUAAAUCUCACGCUGUCUUUCUCUGCACAAUUGCAACGUCUGUAUUUCUGUUGGAAUGCUGCCUUACACCCCGUGUGCGUGUGCACUUUGCUGUCUCUGCUUUUGCUACCUGUAUCUCUUUCUGAGAACAGGCUGCUCACCUCUCCACUACAGAAGUCUGCUCGUACAGAGAGAACUUACAGUUUCUUUUCAUGUGGGAGUGGGAGAGCGUGAGAGGUUUCCUUCUGUCAGCUACAUAAUCGUAAGACUGGAGAUGUGUUUAUUUUUUUUCCUACUCUCUGUGUGUCCUCUUAUCAGUGCUGGACCCGUGUGAACGCAGUGGGAUGGUUCUGCCGUCUGUUUCUGUCUCUGUGAAGUUGCUUGUGUCAACCUGGAUCAGCCCAUCUUGCUGCUCUUCCAAAUUCUUUUUAGCAGUGCUCGUUAGUGAAACAGUUCUGCAUGCCACAGCUCCCUUUCCUCUCACUAUUCCGUCCCUCCUGCUUGUCCCCCUCCUUUGCCAGGCGCUCCAAAGCUCCCCGGUCUGCUUUCCAAACGUGUUUCUCCAGCCCCGGUGCCCUCGGGGUCUGCCUUACCGCUUCUUCCUCUCACACCUGCGGGGGCUGCACAUUUGCACAGGGUGGGUAAGUAGCUGGCUCCUUCUCACAUGCAUCACAGACACUGCUACGUCUGCAGCCCUGCAGAGGGGAAGAAGAAAGCGCGCAGGAAUGUAUCCCUCGAUAUCCAAGGGCUUCAAUGUGUCUGGAAGACAGACGGGCAAAAACACUUCCCUCCUUGAGGAGGGGAGCCAGGGAAGGGCUGGCUCUUCUGCCCUCCUCUUGCUUUGAAGAACUGCUGCGAUCUUGAAACGCUGCAGCGUGUCCUUCCCCACCUUCCGCUAUAGCUGGGAGAUACCAAACUGUCUGAAUGCUGAAAACCUGCCUACCUUUCUUGGCCUUUUUCUGCUGCGGGGGUCUCUCCGUUCUCAGUGCCAGGAUAGCCUGCUGCUUCUCUGUUCUUGGGAGAGAUGCUUAGCUCUUAAAACUGCAGUUUUGUCUUGAAAGCCUUCUUUGCCCAUCAGUGCGUAACUUCUGUGUUGUCUGAGUUUUGUGGGGUUUUGAAAGGUUUCUUUGUAAGAUGAGCCUGUCUGGGAUGCUAGCACUGAGCAUUGUGUGACUCCAGAGCCAUCUCCAGGCCUGGUGGUGACCUGUCUUCAGGCAGGGCCCCUCCCAGAGGCCCUGAGCUGUGGUGGCAGAUUCGAGUGGAAAUGCUGGAUUCAUCCUGCCCAGUCUUUUGCCGUGCAAAGAUCUGUAUCUAGAAUGAGCCAACCUGCCUUUCACGGAGAUCUCUUACUGCAAAGUGCCCUGUUGGCAAAGUACAGCCAAUGCCUUUCACUGUGUUAUCUUCUGUGGGGGCCCAUGAUAGCUCCCCGCAGGCCCUUUUGCCUUCCCCAGCCCUUCCUUGGGCUCCAUCAUCAGUCCACUGGGCUGCUUCCCUGCUCCAGCAGCAGUAGUUGAGAAGGAGCCACAUGUCCAGCAGCACCAGUUGGUCCUCUUGGGGUCAAGGGAGCUACCAGCCACCCGAACUCCCUGGUAAAGGAGGGUCUCAGCUGGAGAUUCCCGCCAGCUAAGUAUCACCCCUGGUCUCUGCAGCCUCCUGCUGCUGGCAGCUUUCAUCUGAAUGUGUAAUACCUCCAUCCCGUGGUCUCUGUGUGAUGUGCCAGAAUUGGCUGUGAGGAAACAAAAUGUGCAUGAUGAGACCAAGCCUAUCUAUACCCCUUAAAGCAUGAGAAGUAGGUGGAGUUUUCCUUGUCUAAACUCAAUGCCUGAGUUUCUUCCUGGGUCAGACUUUCUUGCAGUCUGUGUCUGUACAGGGAUUUUUUUACUGACUGUGGCCUUUGCAGUAUUUUAGUUUGGAAAAACACAAAUUUAUUCCCUCCUUAAAAACAAAACAAACAAAAAAGGUGAUGGAGCGUAUAGUAUCUCACACGUAGCUCUCCUAAAGAUGUAAAUAUUUGGCUUUUAUGGUGUGCAUUACCAGCCGGGGCAGGAGAGACUGGGAGUAGCAUGGGCACUACAAAGCACUUCUGCCUAUGGUUGAACCGGCUUGGAUGUGUGCAGCCAGAGAGAGAACUGCUGUGCCGGGGGCUUGGGCGUGCCCCACGCAUGGGAGCACCUUGGUUUGGGCACUGCUCCAUAAAACCUUCCUUUCCCAGGAUUUCCUCUCCCCGACGAAUGGCCUGUCUGACAGUGUCUGCUCAGGAAACUCAUGUCUUCAUCUUCAGUUGCAUCGAAUCCUUGAACACGUGGAAAGCCAGAUGGAAGCAGUGCACGCUCACUCUGGGUCUGCUUCCUAAUCUGUGCUGCCUUCUCUCCUGUCAGCAGGGCCAGCUCCUGCUUUGAACACUCUUCCCAGUGUCGAGGUGAAUGCUUUGCUUAAUAAAAUCUUGAGGAGGGAGCUUCACCUCUCAGUCUGCUUAAUGCAGAGUUGCAACCUGUUCCAGGCUGAGGACAGACUGUAAGGGAACGUGAACUCCUGGGUAUUCCCAGGUUUUUUUUAAUGAUUUCUUAUUUCUCCGGCUCUCUGGGGGCUUGUUUCCCCUUCCCAUGCAAAAUCAAGGGACCACGAUCAUACCUACCUCACUGGGGUGUUGUGAGGCUAAACUCAGUGCAUCACAAAGUGCUUUGAAAUCCACGUAUAGAUCCGUGGAGUCUGUAGGAACUCAGGCUCUUUGUAAAAAUCCUAAGCAGUGAGAGCAGACUGGUUUUGUUUAAUUCUGUUUAUAGCCAGCUAAUGAGUAAGAAUUGAGUCACAGG